AUGGAGAUCAUAAAAAGGAUAGUGGAUGGAUACCACGAUCUGAUGGACAAUCAGAGCGACCCGAGAAUUAAGGACUGGUUCCUGAUGUCGUCACCUUUCCCCACGCUUGCCAUAUGCCUCACAUACGUUUUCACAGUUAAAAUUUUGGGUCCAAAACUCAUGGAAGACAGAAAACCUUUCGAAUUGAAGAGAGUACUUAUAUGGUACAACUUGUUUCAAGUUAUAUUUAGCUGCUGGCUCUUUAAUGAGAGUAUUGCGACUGGCUGGUUCAGCACAUACAGUUUUAGAUGUCAACCCGUAGACUAUUCGAGAAGUCCACAUGCGAUGCGGAUAGCGAAUGGCUGUUGGUGGUAUUAUAUCUCAAAGUUCACGGAAUUCUUUGACACGAUCUUCUUCGUUAUGCGGAAGAAGUUUGACCACGUGUCGAAGCUGCACGUCAUUCACCAUGGCAUUAUGCCGAUGUCCGUUUGGUUCGGAGUCAAGUUCACACCAGGUGGCCACUCAACAUUCUUCGGCAUGCUUAAUACCUUCGUCCACAUAGUGAUGUACUCCUACUACCUACUCGCCGCACUCGGUCCGCAAGUUCAAAAGUAUCUCUGGUGGAAGAAAUACCUCACUGCACUGCAAAUGGUGCAAUUUGUAUUGGUGUUCCUUCACGCGUUCCAACUCCUGUUCAUCGACUGCGACUACCCUCGUGCCUUCGUCUGGUGGAUUGGCAUGCACGCUGUUCUCUUCUACUAUCUAUUCUCAGACUUCUACAAACAAGCCUAUAUCAAGAAAGCUAAGAGUAUCAAGAUGAAAGAAAAAGUUGAAGUAGAAUCAUCAAAGGUUGAGCCUAAAGAGAGGAAGCUCUCUAUCCUCAAUGGCUUCAGCAACAGCUCAGGGCUUGGUGACGUUCGGCAAAGGAUGGCAGGAGCGGUGGCUUCACAGUGAUCUUAGUUUAACUUGUGCCAUGGUUAAGGUGAAAGGACUCGAGAAUCUGGGUGUACGUGUCAAUUAUAUUAGACGGACAAAGUACAAAAGUGAAUCUCAGACUUAAGUUAACAAAUUUAAGCUCAAUUAGUUAAAAGUGUUAGAUAUAGUUUAGUAGAAUAAAACAAGGCUAUAACGAAGCUGAAAUUUACAGAUGUGCUGGCUACAAAUAAAGAUUACCUUAUAAAAAAAUUAGGUAGUGGCGUGAUACAUAAUAAGUUUAAUCUGGGACCUGUGGUAGACUUAGUACUUAGAUAUAUAAUAGUUAGAAAACAAGUUAAUACUAAAUACUUUAACUAUUAAUAAUUGCUUGAAAGGUGAUUACUCAAAUCAUUCAGUAAGGGGAUAUCGAAAAAAGUUGUCAAAUUUUAAUUAUAACGGAUUAAAAUUUUGUAGUAACUACUUAAAUUCUGAAUUGUAGUCAGUUCUAAUCUUUCCAGCAUCGAAAUAACAGGACUGUUGUUAUUCAUUUUUAAGCCGUGAUAUAUUUAUUAAGUGCUCGGCGAUAUCGACAUAGUUGCGUAAGGUAGCUACGAAUUGACAAGGUAUUCAUCGUAGCUUACUGUUAUUUUUAUAUUUUUUAUACUAUUUCCUAGCAAGUAUUCCGAUUUUCUGGCCGUUAAUAAAACUUUGUAAAUAUAAACUAUUCAAGAUAGUUACAGAAUACCUGGAUUUAACAGAUAUCCUAGUGCAAGUAUCAAAACUAACAACUACAAAACGGGCAAUGUUUUAAUGUUAUCUGUGCAAUUUUAUAUAGAGAUGUUUGAUUAUUUCACCAUAUAAAAUCAUAAAUUUACGCCGUCGCCUUAGUUUACGAGUCUUACACAACACAUUGGGAUCGGCAAACUUGAUUCGUCAUUGUAAGUUUAUCAACAAAACAGGCCUUCAGUACCUAAUAAAUGAAAGUUUCUUUACCUUCUAGAACAUAUAGAGUAAUUUAUAAUCAUAUACUUAACUAUAACAGACUGCAAAUAUAUUAUGUGUCGUGCCAAUAAGAAUGUUCUGACUCAGCUGGACGAUGUGGAUACAACGCUGGUGUGUAAACACAACGCUGGUAUUCAAUCAAAACACUACUGAAGGUAGCAUCAAAAUACAAUAACAACUUCAAAAAAUUCUGAACAUAACGCAAAUGAUUUUUACUUUUUCUGAAUGACUAAAAAUGUACAAUAAAAUAAUAAUAACGUAAAUUACGUGUAUGUAUUAGUUUAAUAAGUCCUGAUAUAAUUAAACUAGUACAUAUUCGUAUACAUCGUCAACCAACAGCCUGGUAAUAUGUUCGGGUUUUAACCGGUUUUCGGUGCAGAUGCGCAUUAUCUUGGUUCAUUCUGGUUUCCCAAUAUUCAACCUUUUUCUCCUCGAAUAUCUACAGGUAUUCAACUCAAAACACCCGGUUGCGUAGGUUAAUGCUGAUCCGCAUAUCGUGUGUGCAAGCAGUGCUUGUAACUUGCACUUGUAAUUUAAACUAUAGUUUUAUAAUAAUGGAACCUUAAAUUGAAUACCAAGCCAAAAAUAAUAUAAAUUAGUUUUACACUUUAUAGAGGCAAUUUAAAUGAAGAGGAAAAAAAAUUGUUGUCACUAAUUUCUUUUGCCUUUUAUAAAGAUCGACUUGUAAUUAGGUACUAUUAGACCUAAAAUAAAUUGUAUGAUGUAAUUUCUUCACAUUACAAAAAAUACAGACUUUUAAAAUUUA